UAACCGGUGAAAUAUAUAUAUAUAUAUAUGUUUUUUUUUUAAAAAAAAAAAAAUAUUUUUACAAAAAGAUACAUACAUUAUAAUUUCUUCCUUUGAAAAAGUCAUAACUUACAGUAAAUAUGGACGUUAUGUCAAUGUGUUCUUCUCCUCCAAACCAAACCGCCCCGAGGAAAAUUCCGGAGUUUGCUUCUUUAGUAUCUCAUGCACAACAAAGUUUGCCUUCUCCUCCUCUUAACAAAGUGUGAAGGUUUAUAACUUUAUAUCGUCAAAUUAGAAGGGGGUUUCCAAAUCAAAUCAUUAAAUGAAUGAAUUAUGGAUCUUAAAAAUUAUAAUUUUAACGUUAACCAGUUUUUAAAUUGUAAUUGUCUUACCUUUAAAAGGAAUUUUUAUUGAUCCUUUUUCCUUUUUUUCUAGAUUGAUGGAUAUGGUAAAUGAGAAAAAGGGAUCUCCUCUCCCUCCUAUUACUUCUAUUUUACAUUCACCUGUACCUCCCCUACAUGAGAUUAAUCCUAAUCCCUUACCACCAUCAAUAAUAGCUCCUAAAUCAAAUCAUGAUUCAUCAUCUGAUACUGUGGCUAAUCACAAUUUAUAUCAUCAAUCAUCAUCAACUCCUCAAAGUCCCCCUUUACGAAUAAAUUAUUUGCAACCACCUGAGUCAAUUUCUCAAUCAAUGGCACAUAGAUCAAGUCCUUCUUCAUCUACGUCUUCAUCUUCAUAUUUACUAUCUCCAUCUAUGUCACAUUCGCCAAAUGAUACUACUCCAUCACUUUCUACUACUACUUCAUAUCCUUCAUAUUAUCGUCAAUCUUAUCAACCACAACCACCACAUCCAACACAACAAUCACAAUAUCCAUAUAAUCCUCAAUCACAGCAGCAAAGACAUAAUAAUUAUUCUCAUCCAUCCGUUAAUACUUCUAUGACUUCAGAAUAUCCUCCUCCAUAUGCUACUUCACUUAAUUAUACUUCCAGUGGAAAUAAUAUUAAUGGUGAAGAUAGUGAUACACCUUAUAUUCAACAAACUACCGAACAAUCACUUGCUAAAAUGGGAAAAGUUGUUGAUCAUUGUAAUCAGAUCGCACAUUUUGCUUCACAAUACCGUGAUAUGAGAAUGAAUUAUAAUUCAUGGAAUGGUUCUCUUGUUCCUCAAGUUAAUGAUUCCCAUUUAACGGGUAUUGUAAACAGAGCUUAUGAUGUGUUGAAUAUUUUAUCAAGUUUAAAAAGUGAAUUAACUAGACCACCUUCAGCUGAGACAAAUCAAGAUGAAAUCGAUCUGAUUCGAAAACAAAGAACCCUAGGUGCAUCUACUCGAACAAAAUACAGAAAGCGGAGUAAACGUGCUGCGCCUCCCGGAAGGUGUCAUUCUUGUAAUAUAUCUGAAACUCCUGAAUGGCGUCGUGGCCCUGAUGGUGCUAGAACACUUUGUAAUGCUUGUGGUCUUCACUUUGCCAAAAUUACAAGGAAGCGUGCUUUAUCUGUCAUGCAACAAGCUGAACAACAACAGCAGCAGCAACCAACAGCAUCUAGAUCACCCAAUCUCACUAUACCUGAUAAUAAUAAUAAUAAUAAUUCAUCAAUGUUAACUCCUGGUGCUUCAGAUGUUGAAAGAGAUUCUCCUAACAAAUGACUGAAAUACUCGAUGAUUGAUUAUACUGUUUAUGAAUUUAAGAUAGAAGAAAUACAACAUAUAAUAUUGUGAAUAUAUAGACAAAGACAUUUUUAAUUAUUAUUAUUAUUAAUGGGUGAUUAAAUCAUUCCAUUUGUAAAUUUUUUUACAUACACACCAAUACAUUUUUAAUACUACUGCUAGUUGGUAGUCAAGUUUUUCAAAUAGUUUUAAUUUUUCCAAA